UGCUUGUAAGUUUUGAAGUGGGCGGAGAUCUUCUUCUUCACUUUACCCAAUAAGCGGAACUUGUCAGUGAUGGAAAGUCAGUGGCUGAAGUGCUGUGUGUCCGGUGAUAAACUGGAUGUCAAUUAGCGGAGGACUUUUACCGGUGAGCAGCUGCACGCGGCACAAGAUUUGAGUCCUUUUCCUGUUCAGAAGAUUAAAGAUGGAGUGGCGCCAGCAGACCACUGUCAGCUGUGCAGACGCAUUCAUCGAGGCUCAACGCUGGAUUGAGGAGGUGACGGGAAAAUCGUUUGGUUGCAACGACUUCCGUGCUGCCUUAGAGAACGGAGUCCUGCUUUGCGAUUUGAUCAACCGGUUGAAACCUGGUAUCAUUAAGAGGGUAAACAGGCUUUCGACCCCCAUUGCUGGCCUGGAUAAUGUGAAUGUAUUCCUGAAAGCCUGUGGGAAACUGGGACUGAAUGUGUCACAGCUUUUUCAUCCAGGAGACCUGCAGGACCUGUCCACUCGUGCAACAGUCAGGCGAGAUGAGAGCAACAGGAGGCUCAAAAAUGUUCUUAUCACAAUCUACUGGUUGGGUCGCAAGGCUCAUCUAGACGCCUUCUAUAGUGGUCCUCAGCUGAAUUUCAAGGCCUUUGAAGGGCUUUUAGGGUUGGCCUUGUCCAAGGCUCUAGAUGAGGGCAGUAAUGUGUCUGUGAAAGACAGCUGGUACUCAGAGAGGGAGGAAAGUCUGCACGUCAGACCAAGCAGUAAGAUGGAGAACUCUGUGGACUCCCGAGCCCUCCACCUUAACAAUGAAGGUUGUGGAAGCGACGCAGAAGCUGAGCAGGUGUUCAAGAUGGAGACUACGCAGCCCUCAACCAAGCAAAACAAAGAUUAUAUCCCACCACCGAUCCAACGGAGAAAAAAAGGACUGGGGGAGAAUGGAAGGGGCUGCCCUAGUCCGCUGGCCAGAGCAUAUCAAAUCCAGGUCAGACCUGAGAGACCAGUUCAGGUCAACCCUGGCUGGAUUUGGAGCAAAUCCCUCAGUGACAUCCCAAUGGUGUACCCUGUGCGUAAAGUUCCUGAUGGAGAUGUCAUUUAUGAUAUGGGCCAGGAUGCUGGCAUUCCUAGGGAGUGGAAUCAAGAAAACAAACGCAAGUGUAGCAUCGCUGCCAAGGACAGUGAAGCACAGUGGCAGGAUGACUUGACAAAGUGGAAGAACCGUCGCAGGAGCACCAAGUCUGACCUCCGCAGAAAGUCACAAGACCGAGAGCAUGUCAUUAACCAGAUGAUCAAUGGGGCUUUGACUCACUCAGAGAAGAAAGGAGCAGGUGCAUCACUGAAGAGUUCCUCCAGAGACCAGCAGUCACCACGCAGACACAACUCUGCCCCACGUCCUUCCUCCUCCUCCACCUCUCCUCCAUCAAAAUCAUCAAGCUCUGAUCUACAGCCACGUACUCGAGCUCUGCUGUCCCGCAGCUACGCCACCGAAGCACCUUUCAGCCCCACCGCUCCACUUAGGCCUCAUAACUCAGCCCACACUCAGGUAUCUACUGUUAGAGCAAUGCCUGCCUCUGAUGGGUACAUCUUGGGAGAAGAGACCCACUUUGCUUCUUUGGCUUCAGAUGGAGCAGGAGUCACCACACCCUCUCUGGAUUGCUCCUUCAGCUCUCGAACCCAAGUCAAAAGCCAAGGCAGCCCGGCUCCCUCCACAUCUCAACUGGCCCAGUCAGAAAAUGCUCUUACAAACCAAAUCUCCACCCUGAUCACAACCAUACAACCAAGUGAGACCACAAAGUCAACCAGCACCAGGGAUCCUACUGCAUCAAAGGAACUUCCAUUCUACACUGAUCCAAAAGUUCCAACUUUUUUCUCUGAUGCAGUUAAACAGGGUGUUGACCCUCUGGAGGAUCACCAGAACCACAAGUCCCAGGAAGGUAACCAGGAGACAUUUCGGGAACCAGCUGUGGGGCGAGGCAGAGGCCAACAGACUGCAGAUGUCUCCAAGUACUUGCCCAGAACUGGGUCGUGGUCCGGCUCAGCCAGCCUUCCUCGUGGCUACCGGAGGUCCGAGGGAUCGUCCCGUCUCUCUUCUGCAAUCACAGCCAGACCCUUUGGGAUCAAGCAGCCCAGGGUGUCCUCACUGCCCAGACUGUGUAAUGUCGACAACAACCAGGGUCUGCUGUUGAAAAGAGAGAAAGACGAAUCUCUUUCUCCACCCACCAAAUCUUCACUCAGAAGACAGACUGCGACCGCCCAUUUGGCAGAGCAGAAUGGUAUAGAACAGGCGGAGGAAGUAAAAGGUGCCACUCUUUCCAACGAGACCUCCUUCCAGACUAAUGGCUAUCACUCUCAGCCCCGCACCCAAAGCCAGCUGCUACCGCAACAUUAUGCAAACCUGCCGGCCCACCACAGUGAAAGCUCGACUCUCCCGUCUAAUGCCAGCUCUGACCACCCAAAGGUGGAUCACAGUGACAUGAGAGUGAGCCUUACUCUUAAACCAAACAGUAGACCAGACUUUGGUUUCCAGACUCACUGGGACUCUACAGGGGUGAGAGUCAAAUUCAUUCAACCUGGCAGUCCAGCAGAGCUUUGCCAGCUGUGUGUGGAUGAUGAGAUUGUGGCUGUUAAUGGAGUAGCGGUGGCACACAUGAACUACGCCCAGUGGAAGGAUAAAAUUACAUCUUCCCUGCAAACCGGCAGUCUGACCAUGGACGUUCGGCGCUAUGGCAACAAGGAUUGGAGCAGCACUGAGGGAGGUCAUCAUAACCAGCCAGGCCAGAACAGGAUGACCCUCAAUCUGACUGCCGCAGCGCCUGUUCUGAUAGGUUGCCCUGAUCACCAUGCCAACAGCGGUGCCUCCAGAGAAACCGCAGGUGGCAAAGUGUCCAAAUUCAGUGGGCAGGCAAACAAUGUUAUACAAAGUAAAGUCAUGCAUGGAGAGCUUGCUGACAGCUACAGGACAGCCAGAAGUACAGAUUAUAGUGAUGUUACUAGGAAAAAUCAGAAAAGGAGGGCAGAAUUUUUCAGACAGAAAGGAGGUUCAGAAUCUGCAAUAUCUGAUCUCCAGGUGCCGUCCCUCAGCCCCUCCUCACCCAGCUGGUCGUGGGACCGUGAGGAGGAUCGAAGGCGCCACGAGAAGUGGCUGGAAGAACAGGAGCGCCUCCUGCAGGAGCAAUACCAGCGGGAUCAGGAGAGGCUGGAAGCAGAGUGGCAAAAGGCACAACAAGUUGCAAUGGGAGAGUUAUGCAAGCAGACGGGGCAGAAUACCUUUGAGAUGACCAGUGGUGGUGAGAGCCCUGCCAGCACCCAGCUCCAUGUGAAUGGAUUGACCAACAAAUUCAGAGAAGAACAGAGUCCUGACAGAGAUGAGAUGAAAGCAGCAACGGGCUCAAAACCUCAAAGUGCACAGGUCGUGCAGAAUGACAAGAUUACUGAGCAAGCCUGGGCUGAUGACACCUGUGGCUUUGCUCAGCUGUCUCCUGCACACAGGGCAAAGUCCUUGUCCACCCCUGCAUUAGCUGGCUCCCAGAAACCGAUAAGAGGUGAUGAGAGGAAAAGAAAAGUACAGUCUCUGCCUAAGGUUGAGCAAGAGCGACAGCAGAUUUUGGAGGAGAUGAAGAAGAGGACUCAGCUUCUGACAGACAACAGCUGGAUACGUCAGCGUAGCAGCAGCUUUUACAGGGAACCAAUCUCUGCAGGGGUUCCAGUGAAGAGAUUUGAGUCUCUGGACAAUCUGGAUACUUUGCGUCAGUCCCCAGUCUCCAACACUAUGUUCAGUUACCCUCGUCCACACUCAGCUGCUGCCAGUUACUACGCUCCAAGUAGGAACUCGUUCUCCCGCUACAGCACUGGGACAAUAUUAUCCCAGAGAAAUGAAUCCAUGGACCCUUCUCAUCUCAACAGGAUGGUCAGUGGCAGGAGGACUUGCUGUGAGUGUGGGCGUGUCCUGGGUAGUGGGGCAGCCAUGGUCAUAGAGGCCCUUAGUCUCUGCUUCCACCUCGCCUGUUUCCAGUGCGUGGGCUGCCACCGACAUUUCGGAGGAGCUGAAACUGGAGUCCAGGUACGAAUCCGAAACCGGAGGCCAUACUGCGAGCCCUGCUAUUUCCAACUGAAGUCCACUGGUGCCCCCUCCAUGUGACCAGCAUGCUGUAUUCCAGGUUACAUAGUAAGCAGCUGAAUGACUGGGGAAGUCCUGUUGUAUCAACCUAUGAAUACCAGUGGAAACAUCGUCCACACAGCAAGGCCAUUGUGUCUGACUGUUGAUUAAACUGUAAACUCUAUGUGAUGUACAGUCAUAGUAGACUCUCAAUGGUUGUUUUUUAAUCAAAUAUGGUUAUUUUGGUACUUAGGUUGUCUGUCUUUGUGUCUGAUGAUAAUUCGUUACUCAGAGUUUAGAUUUAAUAUAUUAAAUAAAGUAAUUUGGGAAAUUAUUAGUAUUUGAUUAGUGAUUUUAUUUUAAUGUUAGUGUUGCUAUUUGUCAUGUGCUGAUGUUUGUCCAAUAGUACAUUGAAGAUAUAAGAUAUUUCUUGUUAAUGUAACCCGUAUAUGGAGGCACAUUUUUACUUGUAUUGAAGCACUUUCUGUUCUAUUGUAAUCUCACCAGAUGCACUUUGGGAUAAAUUAAUGGUUUAGGUAUUGCAGUUAUUCCUCACGUGAAAACCGACAUCUUAACUGAAAUUAUUUUUGACAAUAAAGUGCACUGGACAUUA